CGACAAAUUAAACAGAAAAAGAACACAAUGAUAACGGCAAAAAACCCCAACAUGAACAAACAGAAACCACCAAUUUUCCUUAUAACCUGCAAAAUUCUAUCCUAACGAAACUUGUUUUGUCUUUAUUACAAGAUUUUGAUCUAUCAUAAUCAAAAUCAUAAAGGAGUACAAUUAUUGAUUACUAUUAUGAUUCAGAGUUGUAGUAGUAAUUUUCUUUAUCACCAAUCAUCAUCAUCAGAAUAUGCAGCAGCAGCAGCAAAUUCAGUGAAAACCCACAAAAGAAUGAAUCAAAAUGAUGAUGAAUUGUCAAUUUUCAAUAACGGCUCUGAUCAAUCAGAUGAUCAAAACCCACCGAGGAAGAAACAGAAUUUUGAAGAACAGGGGAGGAUGAUGGUUACUGAUAAUCAGAGUAAUACUGCUCAGAGUGAUGAUGAUGAAUCAAGUGGAUUAAGAUUACUGGGGCUAUUACUAAAGUGUGCAGAAUCAAUAUCAAUGGAUAAUCUUGAUGAAGCAAGUGAUUUAUUACCAGAGAUUUCACAAUUAUCAUCACCAUUUGGUACAUCACCUGAAAGAGUUGCAUCAUAUUUUGGUCAAGCAUUACAAUCAAGAAUCAUAAGUUGUUGUAUAGGUACGUAUUCACCACUUGAUUCUGAUAAAUCAUUGAAUUUGAACCAGAGCCAGAAGAUUUGCAACGCGCUUCAAUCAUACAAUUCGAUUUCUCCAUUGAUAAAAUUCUCUCAUUUCACUGCAAAUCAAGCAAUUUUUCAAGCAUUAGAAGGUGAAGACAGGAUUCAUAUUAUUGAUCUUGAUAUAAUGCAAGGACUUCAAUGGCCAGGGUUGUUUCAUAUCUUAGCAUCAAGAUCAAAAAAGAAGAUCAGAUCAAUGAGAAUUACAGGGAUUGGUUCAUCAAUGUUGAUGCUACAAGCAACAGGGAAACGGCUCUCUGAUUUCGCCAGUUCACUGGGUUUGCCAUUUGAGUUUAAUCCACUGGAAGGUAAAGUUGGUAACAUAAUCGAUCUGAGUCGACUCAGUCCAAGACAAGGUGGUGAAACGACAAUAGUACACUGGAUGCACCACUGUUUAUACAACGUGACCGGUUCCGAUCUCGGUACGUUAAGCUUACUCAAAAUCCUGAGGCCGAAACUGAUCACGAUCGUUGAACAAGAUUCAAGCCAUGGAGGUAACUUCCUAGGCAGAUUCGUCGAAGCAUUGCAUUAUUACUCCGCAUUAUUUGAUGCCCUAGGCGAUGGAUUAAGCGGAGACAGUAUCGAUAGACAUCAAGUGGAACAGCAAUUAUUCGGCGUUGAAAUUAGAAACAUUGUGGCUGUUGGUGGACCAAAAAGAACAGGAGAAGUGAAAGUAGACAGAUGGGGUGAUGAGUUGAGAAGAAUCGGUUUCAAAUCGGUUUCACUCGGUGGUAACCCAGCAGCUCAAGCAAAUUUAUUACUAGGCAUGUUUCCAUGGAAAGGUUAUACUCUAGUUGAAGACGAAGAAACUGGGUCUCUGAAGUUAGGCUGGAAAGAUUUAUCUUUACUUACUGCUUCGGCUUGGCAACUGCUGGAAUAAUCAACCUUUUCAUUAUUGAAAUUUCGAGAAAAUCUCGAAAAAAAAAUCUCAAUUGUACAAUAAGAACCAUCCAUGUUUUGUCUUUUCUCUGUGUGGCUUCACUUUUCCCUGUAAUUCUUUUUGUUUUGUGUUUCAGUACUAUUCUGGGCCAACUAUAAUGUCCUGUCGAAACUCAAAACUUUCAUUCAGCAAUAUAUCAAUGCUUAGAUCAUCUUCAUGCAA